AUGUUGCGCUUGUUUAUUCCGUUGUUUCUUUUCCUGAUCUUGCGUUCCUUCGCAAGCCAGAAAAACUCUGUAAGCAACGUAAGUUUGGCAUUUUUUUAGUUCGGUCUUUGUAUGAAUUUAUUUUGUCUAAUGUAAAAAGUAAGACACCAUGACUGCUACUUUAACCAAUAGAAUUCACUAUUAAUACCUCGCGGACUUCCUCUUGUUUAGGUAUCAAAUCAAAACCAUUGCUGCAACUGUCGCGACGGUAAGCUAAAGACUUUGAAUGAAUUCUGAUUCCCUCUCUGUUCAUGUUGUUUCUAAUAUAUUUUCUCAUUUUUUGCCUAGGAAGGGAUGGACGAGAUGGUCAGAACGGUAAUAUAAGACAUCGUACAUAUCAGUAUAACUGCCAUGUUCACUAACGGACACAAUGUUAGCUGAUAAUUCAAGGCCCAGAUUACGAAUUGUAUAGCAGUAAAAUACUUUCUGACCCGGUGAGCCUUCCAAUUUAGUACCUAUACGUAUAUAUCUGUUCACACCUUCUGCCCAUAAAUGGAAUAGUAGAUUGCUAGCAGGAAAUAUUGCCUUAGGAACUUAAAUUAGCCAUAUAGUUUCAUACAACUACCGUGUGAAUUCAUCAAAGAAAAUAUUAGAAGUUCUAACUGUCGAAAGUCGAAAAGCAAACCUCGUUAAAUAUAAGAUAACGUAGUCAGAAUUUAGAUGGUGUAGAAAAAUAAAUGAAGUAUAAAGUAAGAUAUCAAGAUCACUGACGUGGCAUUGUCUUCUCAUCACCAUUAAAUAAUUUUAUUCUUUUUACACUCAAGGAAAGGAUGGUCGUGAUGGAAGAGACGGGAUCAAUGCGGGAAACGGGAUGAAGGUUGCUCUAGAUAUUAAACAGGACAAAAGCUUUUUCUGCCAUUAACAAAAUCGAUGAUAAAUUAUUUCUUGGAUCAAAGAUUAAUAAGGCAGAACACCGGACAAAUGGCUAAGAUUAUUCAAGUUCGCUGCAAUCCGAGAUGUCAGCUGCCUAAGAAAUGCUCUCUAAAAACCCCGAUAGUCUAUUUUCUGUAGUAAAAGGGAAGGACACAGUACAACAGUUAGUUUGAUCAAAUAAUUAGUUACUUAAGAUAAAAAAUUUCGGUUAAAAUCUGACGAAAUCUCAGCGGUAAAGGCAGUCUUAACUAAAAGGACUACAGAAAAAGAGAUCUGAGUCUUCAAGUUUCCUCAACCUCUAGAAUAGUCUUUUGAUUGUUUUUCAGGGUCAAAAAGGAGAACGUGGUUCACCAGGAAAGAACGCAGGAGGUGUAAUUAAGUUUAGCGAUACCGCUGAGAAAUGUACCGCAAGCAUCGCUGGCACUGUUAGCUACAGUACUUCCCAGAAAUCGUUGCAACUCUGUGAUGGAAGUUAUUGGCUGCCAGUGUUGGCUGUUAGAAAAGGUUACAAGGCAGAUAGACCAGGCCGCCAUUGUUUGGAUGUCUUAAAUUCUGGUACGCUUAAACUUUGAAAAACAAUUAAGGCGUAAGGCAUUUAAAAGUGAACAAUUGACACUGAUAAGCACCACUUGUACUAAAAAGCAUUAUAGACAAUAGAAUCAAACUCGUUCCCAGUUUCUGUGCAUUGCUAUCUAAGCAACAAAGAACUGCGGACAGGGUUGGUUGUUGUAGAGAAUGCUCGGAGGUACAGAGUAAGUAGCGGCAGGGACUGGGAGACUGGGAGGAAAACUGUCAUUUAAAGACGCACUUUGAAAUGAACCUAUUAAAGAUUAUCUUCUUAAUCAAAAUAAACAAUCAUUUCAAAUAAUCUUACAAUUACAUAUUAUUUAUGAUCAGGCCAAAGUCAUGGCAGUGGGCUUUACUGGAUUGAUCCAAACGGUGGCUCGACAAAAGACUCGUUCCAAGCCUUUUGCGAAAUGGAAACUGAGCGUGGAGGUUGGACCCUGGUUGCCACAAAGGUAUCCCCAGGCUUCGACUGCAUCAAAUCUGCUUUCUCAACAGUGGCCGCUGCAACUAAGAACAGAGAUGCCGGGAGUCACAUACAUCCAAGCAUGGGGAACUGGAAAGAGGUUAUGUUCCGCUUUGCUGACGUUCAUACCAUCCGACUUAUUUACAACAGAAAAGCCGGCGCACCAAACAAUUACAAGGAGGAAUUCGACAAGUUCUUGAUGGGGAAGUCCAUGGAGUUGGAUAAAAACGUCAAUGGAUUUUACAAGUACAGUCCAGCAGAUAACAUAAGAAAUCCGAGCGUGGGGUUUGCCACCAUAUCCUCUUUGAACUUCUAUUCAAGACAUGGGAUCUCAGAAGAUCACAGUGGCACGGAUAAGUGGCUUGACAUGUGGAGUGGUGCUGAUGGCUCAAACAACUACAUCUACAGCGAUAACAGCAGGGCGCGGGGCACCAAAUGUAUCGCGGGCUACUGCUAUCUGAACAAGCCAAUCUGGGUGAUGGUGCGCUAGUAAAACCAUCAAGUUAAUACACGAGCAGCUAACUACGCGAGAAAGGAUUAGAUACUUAUGUGUUAACAGCUGAUAAUAAAAUAGGUUUUAAAACAGACUGCUGCAGUAUUAAACGUUCCAACAAUGUUGUCAAGAUUAAAACGACCAGAUAUUAGUCCAGUUAAAAGGAACUGAUUCUCGCAUGUUGUACUGACUGCUCAUAAAAUAAAACUAAAAAGCAUUGGCGAUUUGGGUGUGUUGUUUAUUGGUUGUUUGUUUAUUUUUUCUCAGAACAACCCUUUUGUUGGUUGGAAAGGGGGAAAUUAAGCAAGGGCUAGAUUCAGUUCCACUCUAGGCCUAGUGCAUGAAAGUUGGAAAAGCUUAUACUGGCUCUUUUUCAAGAUCACAAAAUUUAUGUUAGCCGUCUACAGCUAUAAAAGACGCGCUUCCUUGUGAAUCUCUUUAUAUUCCUUUAACCUAACAACAGACGAAUCGUUAAACAAAAAUAUAUGAACAAUCACCAAAGAGACCAAAUUUCUAAUAAGAGAGAUUACGUUCGUCAAUGUCUUUACUGCGAGAAAAUCGAGGUAAUAUCAAGUGGCAUGUUUGUGAUCUGUCGUUAUCGCGGGAAUAUUAUUGGUAGCACUAAACACAUCUUGACACGAACUGAUUAUAAACCAAAAACUUUAUCUGAUCUUCUAGUUAGCUUGGCUCCAUGUGAACAGAACUUUUGUAGUUUUAUUGGUCUGAUCUCCCUGAUCAUUUUCUUUUGUUUUCCAACACUUGUUUUAUAGA